CAAACCAAACGUCAAAACGCAAAUUUGUUUUGAUUUCGCGUGCUCUUUUGUUGCUGUGCCGGGAUAAAUUAACUUUAAAAUGUCCAGCAAAAAGAAUAAGGAAAUUGAAAACGACAGUGGCAGCGAAGACGAAGUUGGGUCUGGCGAUGAAAAUGAUUCUGACUUUGAUUCGGACGGCAACUUCAUCGGAGACAAAGAGAUCCAAGCUGACUUCGAAGGCCGCAACCCUGAGGACUGCGACUUCCAGGGCAUCAAGGCGCUGCUCCGGCAACUGUUCCUGAAGUCUAAUGUGGACCUCGGGGCACUGGCACAGAUUAUUAUUUCCCAGAACUACAUUGGCAGUGUAGUGAAGCAGUGUCUGGAUGAUCCUCAGGAUGAUGAUGAUGAAGAUGAUGGCUCGGAUGGAGUGUUUGGCAUCACUACACUUAUCAACAUCACCAAAAGAAAGCAUGAGCCAUGUAUUGCGCAACUGAGGGAGAUCCUGACAACACUGGCCACUGACAAUGCAGAUGACAAAACCAAAGCCUUGAUCACCAAGAUACUUGAAGAUGAGAAUAACCAUGUCGGAUUUGUUAUUAAUGAAAGGAUCCUCAACAUUCCAGCGCAGAUCAGUGUGCCUCUGUUCUCAUCACUUGAGACUGAACUGGAGAAGGCCAUCAGAAAAAACAUGCCGUACACAUUCCAGUACCUCGUGUGGAUAUGCAAAACUUAUAACACUGGAGAAGCGACAGAAGUCCUCUACGCCAACCAGGAGGAGCGUCCCAUCGUGGAGGAGGCGCUGGCCAGCUUCGACGUGGACGUGAGCGCGCAGGUCGACUUCUCGCAGUGGGAGUACGAGGGCGGCGCUAUGUCGCCGUGCAGGAAGGUCCUUAUAUUCGAAGCUAAGAAAUUCAAUCACCUAAUAAGACUUAUCAAAGAAGAAGUGGACAGUCAGCAGGCGUAAUCUAUAAGAAUAAUAUACAUCAUUUCAAUCGAUUAUCAACCCUUUUGUAUACUCGCUUCAGUCGCUAGCUCCCAUGUAUAACAAAGGCAGCAAAUAUGCAAAAAAUAUUACUGUGUGUUUAUUGUAAUAACACUGGGGUGUAGAGAUACACAG